CGUCUUUAUUAGAUGUAAUAUGUUUUUUUCCGUUGCCGGGGAGGGACUCACUAGUGCUCUCAACAAGCUGUCAGACAAUGGAUUUCCAGUUGCAUUGAUACAAAGUGCAUGGCUUGUCUUUUAUGCUGUUGUUGCACUUAGGUGUUAGUUAGAUAGCUGGGCUUUAAUUUUGUGAUCCAAGUCACUUAUCUCAAUGCAUGCGUCUGCAAGAGUAACUGGUGUCCUGGGUUUUCUAGCUAGACGGCUGGCUAUCGUCGAAUUCUUAACCACUUUGUGCAGAAAUCAAGCACUGCAACAUUAGCUGGCAGCACAUCUAGCUAGUCGCUUGCAGGUGCUUGUCCCGGCGCUUACAGUAUUACCUAGCCAGUUUCAUAUUUAGAACGAAAAUAUGGAGUUCCCAUUUGACAUAAACCAUAUUCUUCCUGAGAGAAUCACAGUUCUGGAUCAAAACCUUGCCGCAGGUCGAACAUCACUAGGAAGAUCUGAUCCACAAAUUCAAAUUGCCACUGUUAUUGAUGAACUUGGGAGAGCUUCUGCCAAGGCCCAACAGCUGACCGCUCCGAUCACAAGUGCAUCUAAGCUUCAGAGCAAUAGGCACCAUCUCUACCUGCUGAAGGAAGGAGAAGCCAAUGGAGGGAAAGGCAUGGCGGUGGGAUUUCUGAAGGUUGGCUGCAAGAAGUUAUUUCUGCUUGACCAGCGGGGGGCGCACGUGGAAGCAGAGCCUCUCUGUGUUCUGGACUUUUUUGUGAAAGAAAACUUGCAGAGACAUGGCUAUGGCCUCGAGCUGUUUGAGUUCAUGCUUCAGCACAAAAGAGUGGAGCCUUUGACGAUGGCUUAUGACAGGCCAUCGCCUAAAUUUCUGUCUUUCCUGGAGAAGCAUUUCUGCCUGAAGGAGGGUGUUCCCCAGGUCAACAACUUUGUGGUGUUUGAUGGCUUCUUCCUCAACAGAUCAGCGGCCCAGUUGAGAAAGGUUCCCCCAAAAAAGCCGGACGGAGAGAUCAAGCCCUACUCGCUAAUGGGGAGAGAAGUGGUGCGCGAGGAGCAGAGGGCUCUCCCCUGGCCUUUCGUUCGCCCCGUGGCUCCCCCCCCCUCUCCCCCCUCACGGGCGGUAUCCUCCCCCUGCUCGCGCUCCCUCAGCGUGGGAUCCUCCCCCAGCAGGGGGCCCCCGUGCCCCGCCCCGACACCUGCCCCUGGGGCCUUCAGGGGCCAGACGCCCGACUCCCCUCUGAUCGAGAACUGCAGAGCAAGGCGCACCAGCCAACAGGGCCUGGUUGCCAGGGGCAACCUCUACAGUCGCCACAUCAACAGCAGGGGCUUUGGGCUGCUGUUGGAGAAACGGCAGAGCACCUUCAAACUGCCAGGUUUGAGACCAGUGUUGAAAGACAGAGAAACUGACACAGACACACUGGGACACACAAAUACAGACAGGUUCCAUCCCCUCUCGCUCCCGCCACUGCCCAUACCUCAGAAGGAAAGCCAGACACCCGUGGUGGCCAGGGGACCAGACCCAAGGAUGGGAGUUGAUUCCACACUGCUGGAGAGGGGGCUGAGGGUGGGGGCAGAGCCCUGGCCUUCUGGGAGGCUAGGAAGAGCUGUGCAGCCAGGCCAGAAGGCCCUGUUGGAAGCGGAGAAGAACCAGGGGAGAGGAGGGUGGUCCUGGACGGUUGGGGAGAGCCGGUGUACAGCCCAGUGGGUCAAACAGAAGCAGGAAUACAGGAGCACCCGGCCUUGGUGACAAAGGACAUGAGAGAGAGAGAGCCAGAGAGAGAGCCAGAGAGAGAGCCAGAGAGAGAGCCAGAGAGAGAGCCAGAGAGACAGAGAGAGCCAGAGAGACAGAGAGAGCCAGAGAGACAGAGAGAGCCAGAGAGACAGAGAGAGCGAGGAUAAGGAAGGAAGGGGAUCAACACUGUUUGACGUACUCUUGAUAUCAGUAAAUGUUUAGGCGUGGCAAAUGGAGCCAAACGACUCCCAUAGGUUAACAGGGUGGGAAGCAGCAACAUGGAGAUAAUGGAGCAGUGAAUAAGUAGGCUGACGAGGCGAGUAGGCUUGUAUGGAGUGUGUGUCUGAAUCUGCCACGUGAAGAGUCAGUUGGUUGAAAGGAAGGCGUGGGAUGUGCUAGGAAUUCCUUGGGAAUUUAGCUGACCUCACUUGUUUAAUGCACAUUUUAUGCCACUUUAAUUGUAUUUAUUUUCAAAUAACUUGUGGAUUUGUAAGUGUAUUACUGAAUGUCAAGAAAUUAAAUGGAAAUACAUUUCAGACACUAAAAACAGAAAUGGACUCCCGUAUUUUCCUUGGAUGGCAUUAUGAAUCACGUGCUGGUUAUGUAAAGGAUGUAUCGUAAAUUACAAUGUGAUUGAUUAGUUGGCCUUGAUUAUGGUAAAUUCACAUUUUCUCUCGUCUUACUUCCAUUUGAAUCCUCAGUACCGCCCUCUAAUGGCAGAGUCCUGUAACUGCCGGUCCUCUACAGGUCCAUUAGAGCACUGCACCCUCCCAGACUUGAGAUAAACAUCAUCAAAACAUUUAUGUCCAAUUACGUGUUAAACAUUCACUAACGAGCCCGGUCGUUAACAUUCUUCCUUUGAGAUCUUUGACGACACCAUUUCACCACUCAUCUGUUCACCGUUUUAGACAUUGUUUGGACCAAACAGAUUGUACGUUGGAGCACUGGCAUGAUAAACAUUCAUGUCAAGUAUAAACAUGAUGCACUGUUUGGUCAACUUUUAAUGAAAUGUUAAGACAUGCGACCCCUUAAUACAUACGCCAAUAAGACAGACGGUUAUCCUUAACCAGCUUACUGAUUCAUUUCUGUAUGUUUGCUUAGGAGUGGUGGUCCACAAUGCAUAUAGCACACCCAGUCCUUGCGGAUUUGUACUCAAGGAUGGACGUAUCCUAGCAACCCUCUUAAGGCCAGGGGGUUAAACAGCCGUGGACAGAGAUGUACCAACUUAAUGUACGACUGGGAUGCUGCAAAGGUUAUUACCUUUCAGAAAUACUCAAAAUCAACAAAGGUUCUGGGUUGCAAAAGACCUCCCAUGUAUAUAUAAAAAUUGUAUUUAUUUUGAUAUCUCCAUCAAGUUUAACUUGGAACAAUACAAACAACAUUAGACACCACGAGUUCCAUACAUGGAGUUUUACUUGAGGUGUGGUGUUGGCUUCAAUCUCUUUCCCCACCUUUUUACGAGGAUGUUUUACAUUAUCAGUUGGCAAGAGCAUAAGGUUCUACGCAAGAUGCAGGCUGAGGAGAACAGAAACAAAUGAUUUAAAAUCUGUUUGUUACAACAACAAGUGUGACAAUCCUGGGCAAAUUGCUGUCACCCACACUGUAAUCUGGUACGUGGUGGCACCAGUAUCCUCUCCAUGAAAGUCCCAAAAACGCUGGAAUCUCUUUCCAAGAAAGUGUUUUGUUGAUAGUCCUCUCAGGUUACUUCCUUUAGCUAGUCACGUCCACAAGCGUGAGUUUGUAUUCACUCACCCAUACUACAUAAGUAACUCACAAAGUGCUUUGACCUUUAUCUAGUGCUUGUUCUCGUCUGACGUGUUUUUCCUUUUAGUCAGCUAAGGAAAUUCCUCAUGUGCUCAAUGGACCAUGGGAACUCUAACUACAGUACUCACUGACGCCAAAAGCGAGGGUGUUAGAUGAUUAAAACAUGCUCGGAAUAUUUUCAUUGGUCCCACCGACAGAUUCAAGUAACAGUCUUGAGCUCCCGCUUCGUCAACCUCUGUUUGAACAUGCAUGUCGGCCUCCCGUUUACCCCUGAUUUUUAAUGACUACUUUUAGAAACCAUUGUCCAUACCCUCCCCCAGUGCCCUGUUCUGUACUGCAUCCAUUCCGCCUGUGGCCCAGAUUACCUAGGAUAAGCUAAGCCGGUGCACUACUUAUUUCCUGUAGGGAAAUUAGUAGAAACCAAAAUAACCUAUAAAUUUUUUU